GUUAAAGUUGAAAAAAAACAGCAAAGCCAUAAGGAAAUAUGUAAGUCACCAUUAUUGCUUGCUUUCUUCACAUCGGUUUUCUUACUACACUUUCUGCAGAAUUAUGUUGCUUUCAUAUGGCAAAUUUCAUUGUUGUCCAGUUAAUUUUGGUGGAGGGAAUCCCUGUCAGUGAGCCAAAGACUAAAAAUUCUUAAAAGUAUUUGUUAGCCUUAAAUCGAAAAGAUGGGAAGAGCCAAGAAGGCCGCUAAAUUCCCAGCCAUGAAGAAGAUCAUCACCAAGAAAGCAAUCAAAAAUUACAAAGAAGAGGUUUUGAAUCCCAAUAAGAAAGACCAUAACAAGGAAAAGCUUCCCAGAAAUGUGCCAAAUGUUUCCACGGCGCUUUUCUUCAAAUACAACACAACAUUGGUGCCACCUUACCGGGUCUUGGUGGACACCAACUUCAUUAAUUUCUCUAUCCAGAAUAAGUUGGAUCUAGAGAAGGGAAUGAUGGACUGCUUAUAUGCAAAAUGCACUCCUUGUAUUACGGAUUGUGUGAUGGCAGAGCUUGAGAAGUUAGGUCAGAAGUACCGUGUAGCUCUGAGGAUUGCUAAGAAUCCUCGAUUUGAGAGGCUACCCUGUACUCACAAAGGGACAUAUGCUGAUGACUGUCUUGUUGAUCGAGUUACACAGCACAAAUGCUUCAUUGUUGCUACAUGUGAUCGAGAUUUAAAGAGAAGGAUUCGGAAGGUUCUUGGUGUGCCGAUAAUAUACGUUACUCAACAUAACUAUUCAAUCGAGGGGUUCCCAGAGGCGACAAUUGGAGGAGCUCCAAGGAUCUGAAGAUGGGAGGAUGGUCACUCAGAAAUGCGGUAUUCAUGGGUUCAUUCUUACUCUCGACUAGGAAUGCUGUAGCUCCCCAAUAUUUUUUUCACUGAAAUCAUUUUGAUCUGGUGACUGCAGAUAGCAUGCAACAGCAUGGUUGUAUUUUAGUGUAGAAUUACAAUAGUUUGAAUCUUGAAUGCUACCUUCUUUUUGCAUUGCGAGUUUUAUUUUUUUCCAAGGUUACUGAGUCCAGGCAGCACAAUUUUGUUUAGACUUCUGCAAUGCUGAUAUGGUUGCAGAAAACUGUAAUUGUAAAAUGUAGCUUAAGGCUUUUAGUCAACGUUAUAUUGCGGAAUAUUAUUGUCAAUAUGGAGGAAGAAUUUGAUUUUCAA